CCCGAGACCGAGAAGAGUAUGACGACGGCGAGAAACCGCUUCAUGUCUACUACUGUCUGUGUGGUCAGAUGGUGCUGGUCCUAGGACAUCCAGAUUGAAAUAUCCAAAAGGCAUUUGGUGAUGUGUGACUGAAGCUGUGGGGACAGACUGCGCCUGGUACUUAAGUGAGUUGAUGAAUUUACCAAGAUGGAAAAUAGAAGAAGAGAAGAGGGCCUUGGACAGAAUCUUAGAGAGCGCCCACAGUUAGAAGGCCAGCAAAAGAAACUAAUAACCAGACAGAUUGCCAGUUAGAGAAAUUACCCAUGAGACCUCGGGACCGAGCCCGGGUAAUUGAUGCAGCCAAACAUGCUCACAAGUUCUGUAACACAGAAGAAGAGGAGAGUGUCCAUCUCCGGAGGUCUGAAGGAAUAGAACGGCAAUUCCGGAAAAAGUGUGCAAAGUGUGGCUUGCUGCUCUUUUACCAGCACCAGCAGAAAAAUGCUCCAGUGACCUUUAUCGUGGAUGGAGCAGUUGUCAAGUUUGGACAGGGCUUUGGGAAAACCAACAUAUACAGUCAAAAACAAGAACCUCCUAAGAAGGUAAUGAUGACUAAGCGUACCAAGGACAUGGGCAAAUUCAGUUCUGUCACUGUCUCGACCAUUGAUGAAGAAGAGGAGGAGAUUGAGGCUAGAGAAAUCGCUGAUUCAUACGCACAGAACGCCAAAGUGAUUGAAAAACAGCUGGAGCGGAAAGGCAUGAGCAAGAGACGGCUUCAGGAGCUGGCUGAGCUAGAAGCAAAGAAAGCCAAGAUGAAAGGGACCUUGAUUGACAACCAAUUCAAAUGAUGGCACACCUCGCUUGAGGCCAGUCACAAACAUCCCGGAUGUGGUCCCCACCAUGACCCUCAAAAAAAAAAAUGGAUCCUGGUCUCCAAAAUCUAGAGUUCUCUCUGCCUUUCUCUCUGUGCUCUCGUAGGUAGUCUAACAAUACUAAUCCUAUCCUAGAGAAGAAUUUCUAACAUCUUGCUCUGCUUGUUUUUCUAGACCUUUUUUUUUUUUUUGUUCAGUGGGUGUUUUACUUACAUUUCUCUUCUGGUAUUAUGGGAACAGAGAACAAUGUCUGAAUUUUUUUUUUCUUUGAACAUAAUAAUUUUUCUUUUUUUCCUUUGAACUUAAUUCAAAAUAAAAGUCUUUGGAAAAACUC